AUGUCGAUUGGAAGAAUUCCUGAGUUUGACCUACAUAAGGACGAUUGGAGGUCAUACGUCGACCGCCUCGAACAAUAUUUUGUUGUCAACAAAAUUUCGGAGGAUUUACAAGUUCCGACGUUAAUUACCGUGAUGGGAGCCGAGUGUUACGAACUGUUAGUGAAUUUAUGUACUCCAACCAAACCAAAAGAUAAAUCUUUUUUGGAAAUCACAAACAUUCUAGAAAAACAUCUCCAACCAAAACCAAGUACCCUCGCAGAAAGAUAUAAAUUCCGGCAUAGGAAACAAAAAAGUUGUGAAACAAUAGCGGAGUAUGCAGCAAUAUUGAAGAGGAUGUCGAAAUCUUGUGAAUUUGGUCAAUGGUUGGAAGAAAGUUUAAGAGAUCAGCUGGUGUGCGGUAUUCUAAGUGAAACUAUAAGGCAACGACUAUUCGCAGAAGGCACGUUGGAAUAUGGGAAAGCGUAUAGCUUGGCAGUGAACAUGGAGGCGGCGGAGAAGGAUGCAGCGGCUGUGGAAGGAUACGGGCAAGGUGAAUCGUCGGGCAGCUCGAGCACGGCUGAGUGCCAGGCGAUGGCAGCGACUCGACGUGGCAACGGACGCGGUCGGCCAGGGAGGACGGCACCUACGGCAUCGAGGUGGCAGCGGCAGCAAGGAAAAGCAGCGGACGGAGCACAACAAUGUGCUGCGUGCGGUGGACCCCAUGGCGGCACGAAGUGUCGGUUCGCGGCAUAUGUGUGCAGAGUAUGUAAUCGUAAGGGGCAUCUACGUCGGAUGUGCCCAAACCUGACGACGUACCAUCACGUAGACAUCGGAACACCUAAAGUGGUCGAAUCGGACGAGACGGACAGUGACGAGGUAAGAAUAUUUGAUAUAAAAAAAUUGUCCAUAGAAGAGUGUACACCGCUAUGUAUUUCAAUCAACGUUCACGGAAAAGAUAUUGACAUGGAGUGUGACACGGGUAGCGCCGUAUCUUGUAUAAGUUACAAAUUUUAUAAACAUAAUUUUAGUGAUUUACCUAUCAGCAAAUGUAAUGUUUUACUUAGAUAUUACACAGGUGAAAUAGUUCGUCCGGUGGGGGUGGCUACGCCACUAGUGAGGUAUAAAAAUACACAAAAAAAAUUAAAUUUGUUCAUAAUCAGAGAUGGUAAAACCGUUCUUUUGGGUCGACAGUGGUUAGCCGAACUUAAAAUUCAACUACCAGUGUUUCAGUAUCACGAUGUAAACAAUGUUAAUUAUAAGGAUUUUGACGAAAGUAAUUUUAUGUAUAGAUUCAGUGAAGUAUUUGCGGAUGGGCUUGGACGGUUCAGCGGCGGGCGGGUUAGCAUCCACCUGCGGCAGGGGGCGCGGCCGGUGUUCAUGCGCGCGCGUCCUCUGGCGUAUGCGCUGCGGGAACCGGUGGAGCGAGCGCUCGAGCAGCUGGUGCGAGACGGCGUCCUCACGCCGGUGGAGCGCUCCGACUGGGCCACACCCAUUGUACCCGUUCUCAAAAAGGAUGGUAAUAUUAGAAUAUGCGCUGAUUAUAAAUUAACACUGAAUAAAGUGCUAGAAGUCAACUGUUAUCCCUUGCCACGCAUAGAUGAUUUGUUAUCGCGUUUACAUGGCGGUGAACGUUUCAGUAAGAUUGAUUUAUCUCAGGCGUACGCUUAG